AUGGCGAGCCUCCUCUCCCUCGUGCUGCUCCUCGCGCUCCUCGACACGUCGCGCGCCACAAACUUUGAGGUCGGCGGCGACGCCGAGUGGGUCGUCCCACAGGCCGGCGAUUCCCAAACGUACAACCAUUGGGCGUCCAAGAACCACUUCCACGUCGGCGACAUCGUCCAUUUCAAGUACAAUCAGGACUCGGUGAUGGUGGUGACGGAGGAGGGGUACAACAAGUGCGAGUCGUCGCACCCCAUCUUCUUCUCCAACAGCGGUAACACCCAGGUGCGCCUCGACCGCCCCGGCCCCUUCUACUUCAUCAGCGGCGUCACCGGCCACUGCCAGGGCGGGCAGAAGCUGGUCAUCAAGGUCACUGACAAGGCCCGGCCACCAUCGGGGCCCCCCAGCGGGGCCGCGCCGGCGGGCUUUGGAUCCGCCGGCGCCAUUGUUGUCCUGAUGGCUGUGCUUUGGCCUCUUCUUGUUAUGCAUGAUAUUUGA